CCAUCUUUGCAUUCGCGACGACGGAGUUGGAGGCGUUCUGCGUGGGUUGACUGCCUGAUCGAAGCCACAUGUGAUCAUUCCACGCUGCCUCUUCUCCCCGCGCAAUCAUGGCACAACACAGCGUGGCUCGCAGCCAGUGGUCGGAAGAGUACGACACUCUGAAGCGCGAGAAAUUGUUCAGAAAUCCUCCCUCUGGCAAGAGCGCAUAUCCUGCACUGCAAGAGGUGAUCCGACCACACGUCGACUCCUUCAACGCCAUCUUUACCGGCCAGCUGGAACAUGGCCUCAAGGACAUUGGCACCAAAACCUUCCUCGAUGGCAACCCUCAAGACGACGGGCCCAAAAAUCGAUUACAGCUGCGCAUCGCCAACGUCUUCCUCGAAAAGCCGCAGCUUCCCCCGAGCAACAAAGUCGAGACUGUCAAGCGGGAGAUUCUGCCAGUCGAAUGCCGAGAACGACACGCCACAUACCGAGGACGAUUUCGAGGACGAUUAGAAUACCGAGUCAACGAUGGGCCAUGGAAAGAGUCGGUCCGCGAUUUUGGGACACUGCCAAUUAUGUUGCGAUCGAAUCGAUGUCACCUUGAAGGACUGUCACCGAAAGAGCUGGUCAACAAGCGAGAAGAGACGGAAGAGUUGGGAGGCUACUUCAUUGUCAAUGGCAUUGAGAAGCUGAUUCGAAUGUUGAUCGUAAACAGACGGAAUUACCCCAUGGCAAUUACAAGACCUUCGUUCAAGAACAGAGGGGCAACAUAUUCAGAGUUCGGUGUGCAAAUACGAUCCGUACGACCAGAUCAGACGUCACAGACUAAUGUGUUGCACUACCUGAAUGAUGGAGCUCUCACAUUUCGAUUCUCGUGGAGGAAGAAUGAAUAUCUGAUUCCUGCCGUGAUGGUCAUGAAGGCUCUGGUGGACACCAACGAUCGAGAGAUCUUUGAGGGUAUUGUUGGGCCUGCUGGUGGAAAAGAGAUGGACAACAAGCAGUUCGUGAUCGAUCGCGUGGAACUGCUAUUACGAACCUUCAAGGUGUAUAACAUGCACACGAAAGCACGAUGCAGAGCAUAUCUGGGCGAGAAGUUCCGGCCAGUGCUGGGUGUUCCGGCAGAUAUGUCUGAUGAGGAUGUGGGAACGGAACUGCUGAGGAGAAUCGUGCUGCCACAUCUGGGGUCGUACGAUGUGACGGAAUCAAACGACAUGGACAAAUUUCGAAUGCUGCUUUUUAUGACCCGAAAGCUGUAUGCGCUGGUCGAAGGAGAGUGUGCAGUGGACAACCCUGACGCGGUGCAGAAUCAGGAAAUUCUGCUCCCAGGCUUCCUAUACGGCAUGAUUGUCAAGGAACGUAUCGAAGAAUGGUUGACGACGAGCGUCGGCGCUCAAUUACGGAUGUGGAGUGCCCAGAACUCCUAUCCUUCUUUCCUCAGCAAAGAGUUCGAUCGAGACUUCAUGAACAAAGUAAUCCGCAGAACGAACGAGAACUUGGGACAAGGGCUGGAUUAUUUCAUGUCAACGGGUAACCUGGUCAGUCCUUCUGGUCUGGAUCUGCAACAAACGAGUGGCUUCACAGUUGUCGCAGAAAAGAUCAACUUCUACCGAUUCAUCAGUCAUUUCCGCAUGGUGCACAGAGGUAGCUUCUUCGCUCAGCUGAAAACAACGACUGUGCGAAAGCUUCUGCCGGAGAGUUGGGGUUUCCUGUGCCCGGUACACACUCCUGAUGGAUCUCCUUGUGGCCUAUUGAACCAUCUCGCACAUAAAUGCAAGAUCUCCACAUCGAGCGCAGAAACAUCACAUAUUCCUGCGUUGAUCGCACAACUGGGCGUCUCGCCAUACUCAGAAGCUUCAACGAAUGACAGCGUGUCUGUGCAGCUUAAUGGGCGCAUUCUCGGAUACUGCUCACCGAAGCAGGCGGAGACGAUACGAGAUUCGUUACGGUACUGGAAAGUUGAAGGCACGCACAAUGUGCCUCUGGAUCUGGAGAUCGGAUACGUGCCACUCAGUACGGGUGGCCAAUAUCCUGGCAUCUACAUGUUCUCGGAGGCAGCGCGCAUGAUCCGACCUGUGAAGUACCUACCGCUCGAGAAAGAGGAUCGCGUUGGGCCAUUUGAGCAGCCAUAUAUGAGUAUUGCGUGUACGGAACCUGAGGUUGUGUCUGGAGACUCUACGCAUGUCGAAUUUGAUGUGACCAACAUCUUGUCAAUCGUGGCAAAUCAGACACCUUUCUCUAACUUCAACCAGUCGCCGCGAAACAUGUACCAGUGCCAAAUGGGUAAACAGACAAUGGGAACGCCUGGAACAGCGCUCAAGUACCGCACAGACAACAAGACAUAUCGACUUCAAACUGGUCAAACUCCUGUAGUCCGAACUCCUAAACACAAUGAAUAUGGCCUGGACAACUUUCCCAAUGGAACCAACGCAGUGGUAGCUGUCAUUUCAUACACGGGUUACGACAUGGACGACGCUAUGAUCAUCAACAAAUCAGCUCACGAACGAGGUUUCGGACACGGAACGAUCUACAAGGUCAAGAAGGUUGAUCUGAACGAGGACAACAAACGCAGAGGAGCGCAAGCAACGUCGAUGUUCGGCUUUGCUCCUACAGGGCUCAUCAAAGCUCAAUGGAGAGGAACACUCGACGACGAUGGUCUUCCUGCUGUCGGGACGAAGUUGCGAGAAGGCGAUGCAAUUGCUGCGCAUUACAGUGUCGUCAAAGAUCCUCACACAGGCGAGUACGAGAACAAAGACGGCAUCACUCACAUCCACCGAUACAAGGACGCUGAAGAGGCGUACAUUGAAGAGGUGAAGAUCAUCGGCAAUGAGAACGGCAACAGCGAGCCCUUCCAAGCCAUCAGCAUCCGCCUCCGCAUCCCCCGUUCCCCCGUAAUCGGCGACAAAUUCUCCUCCCGCCACGGCCAAAAAGGAGUCAUGUCCCAAAAAUGGCCCACAAUCGACAUGCCCUUCACCGAAUCCGGCAUGCAACCCGACGUAAUCAUCAACCCUCACGCUUUCCCCUCCCGAAUGACAAUCGGCAUGUUCGUCGAAUCCUUAGCAGGCAAAUCCGGCGCUCUCCACGGCCUCGCACAAGAUUCCACACCCUUCAAAUUCCAAGAUGCAGAAGGUUCUACUGCUGUAGAAUAUUUUGGUCAUCAACUUAAACGCGCUGGGUAUAAUUUUUAUGGGAAUGAACCGAUGUAUUCGGGGAUUACGGGACAGGAACUUGCGGCGGAUAUUUAUAUUGGAGUGGUUUAUUAUCAGAGGUUGAGGCAUAUGGUUAAUGAUAAGUUUCAGGUUAGGACUACGGGGCCUGUUACGCCGCUUACUGGGCAGCCUAUCAAAGGAAGAGCGAAAGGUGGUGGUAUUCGUGUUGGAGAGAUGGAACGUGAUGCUCUCAUCGCUCACGGAACCUCAUUUUUGCUCCAGGACCGACUCAUGAAUUGCUCGGAUUACACGAAGGCGAAUAUCUGCAAAGCUUGCGGAUCAUUCCUCAGCGUCCUACCAAGCUCGAAUCCUUCGUUCUUGACAUCGAGGAUGAGACGAGAAGGCGGGAGAGUGAGAUGUAGGAGGUGUGCGAGAAAGGCGACGGAGAAGGAUCCUAUGAGUUUGUGCUGGUUUGAUCGGAAGGGGGAGAAGUGGUUUGGGGGUGAUGAGGUUACUACUGUGGCUGUGCCGGGUGUGUUGAGGUAUUUGGAUGUGGAGUUGGCGGCUAUGGGGAUUAGGAUGAAGUUUAAGGUGGGGCCUUGAGGGUGGUGAGGGAAUGAGGGGAUGAAGAGAGGAAGAGUGUUGUUGUGUGCUUUUCUGGGCGUUUUGAAGGGAUAUGAAAGAAGUCUCUCGUGGCAUGGCUGGCGUUCUCGAAAAGGCUUUCAUCGAGCUUGGAGUUGUUUGUCAGAAAUAGACCUAGAUGGCAGUCGGUAGCGUGUACAACAAAAAGCAUCUGGUGGCUGUA